AUGUUAAAUAAUCACCAACCAAGCCAGAUGCUUUUAGAAUUUAGUUGGUUGUUUUGUACAUUGUAUGAUUGGAAGGUGCUACUGACUUGAAACCACAAAGAGAUAAUGAACUUUUGUGUAUUUAAAGUUGUCACACUAUCAUUCUUUCUGUCCUGUCUCCUUAAUGAAAAUCACCGAUCUUUUUCUAAUCUGGAUUGAUAUUUUACUCCUACUGUAUACAUUUCAAACAAAUCUGGAAGAGAUCUCUCGCAACAAGCAGCUUCAACAGUCCCAAGGUCAAAUGGCAAAGCAGAAGUAAAUACUGCUAUUUUGAUUGUGGAAUCUAUGCUGAGUAAAGUGAUGGAAGAAUUUCAGCAUCGCCUAGCAAGCCAAACCGAACUGGUAAAAGCACCUACUAAAGAUAGCCCUGGCCCUGACUCAGACUUUGUAUCUCUUUCAGAACCUGGUUCUGGUGAUAUGAAGUAUGAAGAGAGAGCUGCGACUCAAAUAAAGAAGGAUGAUUGUUGCAAUCAAACAUAUGACCAUCAAGAGGGAUCAAAAGGGCAGUUUAUGAAACAUAAAAUGUUGUUUGAACAACAAAAGAAAAAUAUUCAGGAAUUGAAACAUACUCUAUAUGAUACAAAAGCAGGAAUGAAAUUUCUACAGAGGAAGUGCCAGGAGGAGUUCAACAACCUAGGUACGCACCUGCAUGGUUUGGCUCAUGCAGCAUCAGGGUACCAGAAAGUUCUUGAUGGAAAUCGCAAGUUAUACAAUCUGGUGCAGGAUCUGAAAGGCAAUAUAAGGGUAUAUUGCCGAGUGCGUCCUCCAUCGCCUGGGCAAACAAAUAGUUCCAAUACUUAUCAUCACAUAGAUGAUUGAAAAAUUACAAUUGUCACUCCUUCAAAAUAUGGCAAAGAGGGGCGGAAAUCUUUCAGUUUCAACGAAGUAUUUGGCCCAUUCUCAACCCAAGAGGAGGUAUUUUCAGAUACACAGCCUAUCAUUCGGUCUGUUCUUGAUGGUUACAAUGUCUGCAUAUUUGCUUAUAGACAAACGGGAUCAGGAAAAACUUAUACUAUGGUACAUAUAUGUGGAGUUAUACUUUAGAUGAUUUCAUCAUAUAAUAUGCUUUGGGGCUAAUUAUUCUACAAUUGCUGACUCGAAUGUCGACCUUAAAUGUUCCAUAAAGAAGUCUUCAAUCAACACUCCAAGACGAUCUUUGCUUUCAAGCAAAGAAUCGAAGGGUAGAAGGUUGUGGCCUCACACGUUGGGAA